UAAAUAUAUAUAUAUAUAUAAACUAUUUUUAAGUGUUAAAAUAUUAUUUUAUGAUAUGAAUUGUGAAUGUGUCUAUUUUUUCUGCUCCAUCGAUCUCCAGUGACUUUAUUAAAAAUUUAUAAAAAUAAGAGACCAGGCUCAUUGUAUCGCAUGACGUUAAUAUCAACGAAUGAAGAACGAUGACGAAACAAUCGAGGGGGGUCUUAAUGAUCCUGAGUCUGUUGAGCGUAAUACUGAAAGUGGAGCCAAGUAUUACAGACUCGUCAGAAAUGGAAUUAAUCGACGAAACAGAAAUAAUAGCAACGACAACAAGACGCACGUUACCCGAUCGGUGCUUAGUAAAAACAGAUACGGGCCCUUGCAAGUAUUACAUACACAAAUGGACAUUCAACAAAGCGGAGAACAAAUGCCGGACUUUUGUUUACGGAGGAUGUUUAGGAAACGAAAACAGAUUCAAUUCGCAACUCGAAUGCCUUCAUUAUUGUAUCGGUGGUCCAAAUUAUACUCUGCCGUCUUAUAUGGUAACAAAAGGAAGUGUUUUUGUUACAACCAGCACUACAACGACAAGUACUCCUCCGACAACAACACCAAGUACUCCUCCACCUACAUUUAUCCCUCCAGAGCCCACAAGACCACCGGUGCCAAAGCACAAAAGAGGAAAGGAAUUAACGUUCAUGGAAUCUGGUUACGAAAAAACAUUUAUGUUUGCCCAAAGCAACACAUUCAUUCAAUUAGACGGAAGCGGUAUAAAAACGUUUCAACUGCGACUAUGUCGCGAGAUAUCAUUUCAAUUUCGUACGAAGCUACCCCAUGGGCUGUUAGUCUAUCACAGUGUGAAGGAUCGCCCAGAAAGUUUGGAUCCUUAUGCGCUGUAUGUUAUUGUAGAAAAAGGGCAGCUUAAAGUUGUCCAUGUGUUUGGCAAAGCCUCCACUAGCUUAACUGUCGGUGAAGGUCUCAACCGGGACGAAUGGCACAGUGUCUUAGUGCGCAUUGACGUCCACGGGGCCAAACUAAUAGCCCGAGUCGAUGAUAAACAAGAAGAAACUACUCUUGAGGUACUUGAACGUGUAAUUAAUUACGGAGUAUCCGAAGAUCUUGCUUCCGUCGUUCUCAUCGGAGGAUUGAGCUCAGAAGAAAGAUUGCACGGUGUUAAAUAUAUAAUUGAAUCCUUUGUAGGAUGUAUUAAGGACAUGGUAUUAAGUUCAGGAAAAUCAGCAAGUGAUUUAUUGCCAAUAAGACCUUUAAUUGCAACCAAACAUGAGAAUGUAAAAGAAGGCUGUAUCAAUAAAUGUUGGACGAGAGAGAACUUGUGUUUUAUAGGCAGUCAAUGUGUCAAUCAUUACAACAGCUUGACAUGUGAUUGUUUUGGCACGAGAUACGAAGGAGAACGUUGUGAUGUUUACACUGCGACUAUUUUAACACUCCGUGGGUCGUCUUACGUGUCCUUCAGAGUUUACGAUUGGAAAGAUCGAGUUCAUUCUUCUGUUAAUCGUCUAAGUAUGAUGUUCAAAACACGUUGGGAUGACUCUGUACUGUUUUAUGCAUCUGGUGAGAUAGAUGGUACGGCUCAUUAUGUAUCAGCGAGUAUAAUUGACAAAAAAGUUCAUAUUUCCCUUGACUUUGGUCAUGACUCCAAGAUAACUACGACCUUAGGCGAUUACGUAAAUUCAAAUCACUGGAAUAAUUUAACAUUAUUUCAUAAUGGCUCUCAAGUGACCGUAAGCCUUGACUAUGAGAGUAAAGUACUUGAAAUACCUGGUGAUAAUCAUUACAUGAUUAUUGAUCCGGAAAUUUACAUCGGCGGAGGUCCUGAGCUCCAUAAAAAAAGGGGGCUCAUGUCUUACAAUAAUUUUGCGGGUGCACUGAAGUAUGUUUUUUAUAAUGACAAGUCAAUAAUAUAUGAACUUAAAAAGUCAAAUCCGAUGGUUCAUUACAUCGGAGUACUUCAGCCAGAGUAUUAUGAAGUAGAUGUUGAUGUAAUUCCGAUAACUUAUCCAUUCGCGGGAAGUCACAUUUGGUGGCCGAUUGCCAGAACUGAUUCUCUGAUGCUUAAUUUUGAUUUUCAAAGCUCGAAACCGGUGGCCGUAGUGGCUUCUGGUGACGUUAAAAGUGACCAAGGCCUCGGAUACUGGGAGCUGAGACUCGUAAAUGAUGAAAUGAGAUUCCAGUUAAUUCCAGUCUUAAUUGAAAAUAUAACUGUAUCAUCUUCCGUUAAAUUUCCGCCGGAUAACAAGACAUCUUGGCAUGCAGUUGAGCUCAAUUACACCAAAGGGGAGCUGAAUAUUAUUGUAGAUUACAGACACAAACAGGGAAAAAUGUUUGCCAUGACAUUUGAGCUCGGCGAUAAAGUCAUUAUUGGCAGUGGCAAAAGUGACGCAGGUUUGGUUGGCUGUAUGAGGAAUAUAAAAGUUAAUGAUGAAGUUAUCGAGCCGCGAUAUGUUAUAAAUACUGAGAGAGUUGUAGGUGAAGUUGCUUUGGAUAAUUGUCAGUUUGUCGAUCCUUGCAAAAGACCAAAUACUUGUGAGCAUGGAGGAAAAUGUUCUGUUAAAGAAAAUAAAAUUACUUGUGACUGUAGCGAUACUGGAUACAUUGGAAAAAAUUGUCAUUUUGCCCAAUACCGUAAAACCUGUGAAGAAUUAGCACUAUUAGGAUACACUCAAGACGAUGUUUAUAAAAUCGAUAUAGAUGGGAACGGUAGAUUCCCACCAGCACUAGUUAAAUGUGAGUUUCAAUCAAUUGAAGACGCGACUAAAACAAUUGUCGAGCACAAUUUACCUUCUCAAGUCGACGUAAGAUCAAUAGCAGAGGACGAUUUUUCAUUUAACAUAACUUAUCGACAAUUUACUGCUGAAAUGCUUCAAGAAUUGAUUUCACAUUCGCUGUACUGCAGUCAGUACGUGAAAUACGACUGCUACAAGGCCCCUUUGGAUCUUCAUAGCGCCACGUGGUUCCUCGGUUCCAAAGAAACGAUCGUUGAUCACAUCGGCAACGUCAAUCGCGGCUCCUGUCCAUGUGGAACAAACCGAACCUGCGUGAAUCCUGAAUUGAGUUGCAACUGCGAUGUUUCUGCCGGUAAAUGGCUUUCAGACGAAGGCUACUAUGAAAGCCCUGACUCUUUAGGUAUAAUGGGGAUGGUUUUCAUUCAACAAAAAGACCUAGAAGAAGACGCGCAAGGCAGAAUAACACUCGGCCCCCUAGAAUGCGUUGAAACGAAUACGCAGAAAUAUGUCGUCACUUUCACGACAUCUCAGUCGUACAUCGAAGUGCCAGGAUGGCGUAAAGGUGAUAUAGCAUUCAGUUUUCGUACAACUGGAGAAAAAGCAAUUCUUUUGUAUCAGCCGCCUAUACGUAGCAACUAUCCGUCAUUUAUGGUCGUACUGACUUCUGAAUAUCGUCUUACGUUCAAUUUCACUCUCAAUACCGGAGCGAAUCGUGAAAUGGAAGUUAAAAGCCGGAGAAAAUUAAACAACGGCGAGUGGCAGAAAAUUUGGAUUGAUUACAAUGACUACCAUGUUCGCUUUAUGAUAAAUACCGACUUCCAAAUGGUUGAACUACUGCCUGAAGAAGAAUUCGGACCUUUCGAGGGGUCGAUGUUCAUUGGCGGCGCUACUGCGGAGCAUUUGAAAACAUCGGAAGUAAGACAAGGACUGAUUGGAUGCUUCCGCGGUCUGGUUGUCAAUGGAGAAAUUUUAGAUAUUCACAGUUACAUGUCAGUCCACUUGUCAGAAAUAAUAAAAGAUUGUAAGCCGUCAUGUCAACCGAACAAAUGUCAGAAUGGCGCGAGAUGCGUUGAACUCUGGAGCAACUUUGAGUGCGUUUGUGAAAAUAAGUGGGCACAUCAAGGAACAUUUUGUGAAACAAACAUCAACAGCAAAGCGCUGACGUUUUCAUCACCGGGUGCAUUUCUGAAGAAAAACUACUUCGGGUCAGGCGCUGAUGAAGAGAAAUUACUGCUGAAGAGUAUGCUGCUGGAGAACAUCCUGAUAAAUCUGAGGACUUACGACACCCACUCACUCAUCCUGUAUGCCAACGACCACCUCAACAACUUUGCUCAUCUCUACAUUUCCAACGGGACCAGCAUUGUCUACUUAUUUAACACCGGGAACGAGAUUAAGAACAUCACCGUCCAGUAUCCAGGAGUCAACACCGGGAUUUCCGUUCAAAUUGCGAUUAUCAGAGGCGCGACUUCAACUACUCUGCACGUCAAUAAUCACAACAUUACUCUGGAUGCCGUGCCACUGCUGCUGGAUACUUAUUCCAAUAAGCCCUGGAUCAAUCCGGAGAAAGAAGUUUUGGCGCCACAACGACCACCUGCACCACCAACUGAUUACUUUCAAGUAAAUCUAGGAGGGUUUGAUCCCGACAAUCUUCUGCGCGUUGGAAAAGAAGGGAAUCUUAUUCAAGGAUACGUCGGUUGUCUUCGAGGUCUAAUGAUUGGCGAAUAUCUUGUGGAUCUUCCUAAUCUCGCAAGCGAAGCCAAUCACGAAGGAAGCAAAGGAGUGUUGCCAAACUGUCAAAUGAAAUGUGACGCCGUGCCGUGUAAAAAUCUCGGGAUAUGCACCGAAGAUUUCGGCAAACAAGAGUCUUCUUGCAAUUGCGAGUUGACUUCUUAUUUUGGGGAAAACUGCGCUGACGAAAAAGGCGCGGAUUUCAGCGGAGAAAGUGUUCUGCAAAGAGGAUUUGAAUUAGAAGGCGAAGUUAAACAAGUUAAGGUCCAAUUAGCGUUUUCGACAAACGAUUUACGUCAACGGACAUCCGCGCUAUUGUUAUUACAAACAGAAAAUAAGAGAACUUAUUAUCUGCUGGUAGCAUUGACCUCAGAAGGUCAAUUGAUUUUUGAAGAGGACAGAGAAGGUUCUACUUUCGGAGUGAGAUUAAAUGACAGAAAUUUUUUGAAUGGUGCCAGACAUAGCGUUUAUUAUGUACGAGACAAUAACACCGCAACUUUACUGAUUGAUCGCGAACCCGUGCAAUUAUUACCGAUUCCUGUGCUAAGUAUCAAUGACGAUGAUAAUGGUAAUCAUCAGGAAGAAGAUGAAAGUCCUGGAGCUACAGAAAUUCAACUAGGGGGACUUAAUACUACUGACCAUAGAUUUAGCGCUUAUAAAGGUUACACUGGGUGUCUUAGUAACGUUGUAGUCUCAAUUAAUGGGGGCGCGAUAAUGAAACCAUUGGAGGAGUAUAUGUUAUUCACUAAAAAAGGAAGUGAAACAGUAAGAGCAUCUAUUCCAGCGGGGGUCAGAAGUGCUCAGUGUGCCGUUUUUCAUGCUCAGCCACGAGGGCUUGAACCUCCGAGAAAUGACAGUGUUGGUCGCGACAGAGCAUGGGUAGAAGAUCCACCGGCACGAAUUCCGUACAAAUCAUUAUACAACGACGAAACUAAAGAAGAACAAGGCGCAGGCACUUACAUUUUUAUAGUACUUGUUUGUGUAUUUGUUUUGGCGGUAGUUGGAUGCAUUUAUGAAGUACUAAGAAGCGCGAGACGUGAUCGAAAACGGAGACGAGCUCUAGCAGCAGCCGCUGUUUCGGGCAGCGGAUCUCCUGGUGGUUCGAAACGAUGGCAGCCGGCUUAUGCUACUACUGUUGUUGGAACAUCUGGUGUCAAAACGGUUGGAUUUAAGACAAUCAUCGAUGAUGAAAAGAGACCUAAUGGAACCAAGGACUACAAAUCAGUCCCUAAUUCAGAAUCAAAAAAUGAUGUUGCUAAUGAUAAAAAAGUUUUUAUAAAAGAAGAAGAAUCAGAGAAGAAAGAAUUACUUGGGGUAAAUACUGGCACCGGUCCGAAACCUGCGAAACCGAAUCCAUUUUCAAUGGAAGAUUUAACUGAAGAGCCAGAGCUCGAAGAACGGGAGCAAGAAGAAGAAGAAGACGAAGAUGAAGAAGAAAUGGAAAAAAAUUCAAGUCCGGAAACAGAAGCCGAAGUACUCGUCAAACCGGUUCCGAUAAUAACUUGGUCUAAGGCGACUAAUGAAGAGAAUGUGAUACCAUUAAACUCCAUUACCAAAACGGAUGAAACGCAAGAAACGUUUUAAUUGUAAUUAAAAAGGUAUCACAGAGUAUUUUUUUUUUUUUAGUAACAUUUACAAAGAAAGAAAAAAAUAAUUGACUGAAAAAUUUACAAAUUAAUAAAUAAAUAUUUUAACACAGUAUACAUAAGUAUAAAGUUUGAUAAACUAAUUAUACAAUAUAACUUUUUAGAAAUUUAAGAUACGAUAUUUUGUGAAUGAGAUAUAUAUAAAUAUUUUAUAGCAUGUUUUAUUGGAGCUUAUAGAUAAAUAUAUACAAAUGAAUCAAAAAAAGCUUGUUACUAUAAAUUAUUCAUAAUCAUUCAUACCGUCAUCAUACAGGACUGAGGUACCGUUUUUGGCAACUCUAGGCCCAAUUUUGGACACUUGAAAAUCUGAUAACUCGCAUAGAAUUUAAUAAAAAAAAAACUUUUAUCACACUAUUACGAUGCGAAUUUAUUUUCAUUCAUGGGGAAAUUAUUCUUGUAUAAAAUAUUAUGUCUUAGUAAAGCCGGACACUGUUGGCCAGCGGGCGGAAAUUGAAAUGAACCCAUAUAAAAACUGCUAUGACCAUAGUAAAAUUUGCUGUGGUUACAGUAAUCUGUUAUUUAAUCGCUGUCAAUUUCAAUAUGACCAUGGUAAUUUUUGCAAGUGUUUAUUUCAAUAUGAUCCGGUUUUACUAAGACACCAUAGCAUUUCAAAGAAAAAUAGUUCCCCCGUGUAUUUCUUGAUUAAUUAAAAAAAAGUAUUAAUUGUCCAAAAAUGGGGCAUAGUCACAAAUGGUACUUCUACCUUUUAUUUAAUUAUACUGUGUUUUCUAUCAUAUCAUCGCAUGUUUGAGCUUUUUGGGCUGCUGAAAUGCUGAUCACCAGUCACAUCGCAGCUUUUUUUUUUAUCAAAGGGUGAUCGGCCCAGUAAAUGAACAUUACUUAAUUUUUACUUACAUAAUUUAGAUUUUAAUCUCAAUUACAUAAAGAAAAUACUCCGUUUUUGUUUAAUUGACGGCUUUUAGAUCUUCGUCAAAUUUUAUCGCGUCUUCUACAUUAAAACAUAGAAAAAAACGACUGUUCAUUUACUGGUGCAGUCACCCUAUUUCAUGUUUUUUUUUAUUAUUAUUACUAUUAAUUAUUUAUAAAAAUGUGACACAGUGGCAUUAAAUCAAAACAUACCAUACUGUUUAUUUAAUAAUUCGUGCGUUAAUGUGCAAUGUUUAAUUUACCGAAGUAAGUGAG